CGCGAACACACCCGUCAACGUACCACUUUCAAAAUUUCGUCAUUCCCCAUCCACGAAUCAUAAACGCGACAAUGGCUUCUCCGUGAUCAUAAUCCCUUCGUGUCACCUCGGAUUUCCGACCGUAAGCCAUGUCGUCUCUACUAUUCACGAAAGAAUUCGAAACCCCAUACGACAAGCAUUUCGAGUCCUAUGGCCCCCGAAGCUACAAAGAUGCCAUCAAGGACUGCGGUCGAAAAAUCCAGAAAGACCCGCACAAUGGCGAACUCCACUAUUGGAAAGCCCAGCUCCAUCUCCGGAUGGGUGCGUAUGCUGACGCGAAAGAAACGCUGGAUCACAUCAAUGAGACCAAGGUCAACUUCCUACAUCCGGACGGCUUGGUUAAUGUAUGCUUGAUGUAUCGCCGCAUACACCAGCUGCUGUCUAUUAAACCAGAUGGUCUAUCUCACCUGUUUGGUAAUGCAUCUGAAAAGUCCAAUGCAUCUGCCCAAAGCCCCCUUCAGAUUGACCCACCGAAGGAGGUUGAUCAGCUUUGGUCAAGAGUCAGUUCAAUCGGAUUGGAAGGAUCUGAUAGGGAUGUGUUCUCCGAGAAUCUAUUGACGACCGCCGUCGCUUGCGACUGGUCCAGCCUGUAUCAGAGGGGCGCGAAUGACCUGAAAUCACGGUAUCCAACGGAGCCGAAGUACAUCUAUUUAUGGCUUGCCGCCACCGCAAAGCUUGCGCAAGAGCUGGGUAAUGCAGGGCAGCCGGAACAUAAGAUGAAAGCUAUGAUUAUGGGCAAGCUUGUUGCAAGGGGCGUGUCGGAUAUCUUGAAGAAGACGAGGCAGAAAGAAGAGUCGGCGUGGAAGAUUCGGGAUGGUCGAGACUUUCGGCUUAUACUUGAGCUUGCUCAGUCGGAUAAUGCGAUGCUUUUGGAUAUAGCAUCCAGCAUGAUUGACACAGAAUCGCCGCUGUAUUUGUUCGAGAACAUCUUGAACGGCGACAUCGAGUUCCUUUGGGCCCUCUUAAACAUCUGGGAAUCUCAAGGACAAUGGAAGCAAAUUUGGGACUUCCUCGUCGAGUCGAAGGAUAGCAGCUGCGUCAUCGCUUCUCGAAUCACCGGAGCAUUUGGGAACGACUAUCGAAUAUUGGACAAGUUGUUUCAAGCAGCCUCGAGCGUGGAGGACGGAAACCUCAACAGCCAACUCAAAGCUCUCCUUGAACGUGGCGUAUCCGAGCCUACACCGAAUCGCGAAAUGCUGCUCACAGCCCUUAAAUGGCAAAAGAAGUUCGGGAAGGAAGAGUGUUUCGUUGGCGUUUGCAAAGUGUAUUUCGACCGGUUCUCGAAACUCGAGACCUGUUACAAGGACCUUUCGCCAUUCCUCGCCGCGCUCUCCAAGGAAGGGAUGCGGCAAUUUGAUGAGCAUAUCAACGAGACAGUGAACGCCUGGACCACGCAGUUCAAGGCCUUGACCCUCGAAGACGGUCCGCCAGACAAUAUUGACUUGGGGACCGGACUCACAUUCUCCAAGAUAUAUUGUUCGUUUCAAUCCUCUCUUCCCGAUCGCAAGACACCUGAGAAUCCUCAUGGGUCGGACGUGAGCGCCGCUGGGAUGAUAAGGCAUUUUGUCUUACUGGUAAAGCUGAGUCGAGGGGACACCCAAACAAACGAGACGAUUGCCCUCCUGGCACUUACCCUCCUAUGGGGAUUGCACACCCCGAGGGCCAAGGAGAGAGGUGCCGACGACAUCUUGUCGCCGCGGGAGACGACUCUCGUGAUGCAAGCACUUGCGCUGACAUCGGCUCUGACCAAUCUGGUUUCCGAACUCGCCCCGAUGCUUCAUGUGAUGGGCACGCUCCUGUCGCUACAGCUUGGUCUUGGGGACGAAGCCUACCGGUUCUUCCAGAAGCUAGACGUCAAGAGCCUGCUAUUCGAAAGCGACUUGCAUAUCUUGGCCAGUCGGCUUUCCAUUACACAUCCGUUUCCGUUGGCGUCUGUUAAAUCACAGCAUCCGAGGCAACCGGAAUCCAAUCCUCUGAAAAUCCUAAGUGUGCCAGCCCGAUGGAUUGGGAGAUCGGUCGGCGAUGUACUGGCGUUUACGGGGGAUGGCUUGGAAAAGUUGUAUCCCGACAAGUUGACUGAGAUGCUGGGAUUCAAAGACAAUCUGACCCAGUCUUUGCCCGCGGCAAUUCGCGCUCUGGAAUAUCGCCGAGUUGCCAGGCUUUCGAACCGUCCAGUGGAUGCGGCCCCUUUUGUCAACGACACAAUUGAUCGGAUCAUCUUGGAUCAAGCGUAUUCGGUGGACAAACGACACUACGGGCAGCUACCAAAUUACAAUUCGAAAGAUGAUCUUCCGUUGCAGCGGUCAUUGAUGGUUUGGGAAGAGCAGGGCAUCCAGGGUCAAAAUUGGGUGAGACACAUGCUCAGCAUCGAGCUCACGACAGACCUGCUAUGGACGGGAGGGAAGCCGACGUUACCAGUUGUUGUUCACGAGGCCCAUGCGGCUGUAUCAAGCGGCUAUCAGACAGGUCAGAAAGUCUCCCCGGACGGACUGGCACCUCCCGAGCAGCAAUUGCACGAGCCUUGGCAGCUACUCACCCAGAUAACCUACGCGACAUUUUUCUCCAAUGCCAUGGACAUGAAGAAACUCGCACCCAAGUCAUCGAACACCAUGACGGCAAUCCUCGACUUCAUCCGUACCCACACGAAAGUUUGGAAGACAUUUUCCCACUUCGAGGAAGCGGCCCCCCCAUCGCCUGAGGGCCAAAAACUCGAACACCUUAUCAAAUUACCGACCCCCCAUUUCCUCCAACCCUCCUUCCUCUUCCUCGAAUAUCUCCAAGCAGUCCAAAAACUCCUCAAACUCAUUCCCGCCGCUACCAAACCAAAAUCUCAUCCCCUGUCCAGCAAAAUCCCAGCGGCAAAGUUGAAGGAAGUGGGUGCAACAGUUGAGGAUGCGAUGAGGGCAGUCCAGGGGGUUGCGAAGGAUUGGAUGCAGGAGUUGAGCUCAGGGGUAGGGGCACGGAAUAUUCGGGAACGAAUAGCAGGGGGUGAGGUGGGGGAGGCAUUGAAGCCGCUGUUAGAUGGUGAGGAGCUGGAGAGGGUGGUGGGGAGGAUCAAGGAUGCGGCAGUCAAUGCUCUGGAGGGGGUGGUGAAGGUUGAGGUGUUAAAACAGUGAGCAGACAGUGGUCUCAGAGGUAGUCAGUGCUCUACCAUAACGGAAUAUCGAUGAUCCGGGGAUGUUGGAUAUCGGCUUGCCAAUACACAUGUUAACAUAAAAGCACAACACACACUACAGGAUGGUUUAUAUCCUUUGUACAAUGGUAGAAUCUCAUGAAAGGAUGUAUGGAACAAGAUGUGUCCUGGUUCGAGAUUAUGGUGGGUGGGUGGUUCGGUAGAGGGGUCUAAUCCCCAAUGGCAUUGCUUCCAAGGGCUUGCGGUUUCGCAGGAUCAUGCUGGAAGAAUGCUGGUGAAUUUGUUGGCGGAACCAGUUUUGCGGGAGGGUGGAGCUGGU